AAGUUUUUAGUCUGUACGCCAGUCAGGCGAAAACAGCCGAGUUCUGCGGACGUCGUUUCUCACAAUGAGCGUCCAAACGUACAUAUAUCGGUUCAUAGUAGCGAAUUUUCUAACUUUAUAUUAUAAUGUAUGUGUUCUAUUGAUGUUCGCCUUCAACUAUAUGAAGAAUCCUUUCGGGGAUCCGUUCGCUCUCAAGUUGAGAUUGGAGCCACCCCCGUGUCUGACUGACCCUAAAUAUGGAACACACAAAUAUAUUAAAGUUAAUAACAUAAAACUACAUUAUGUGGAGAGCGGAGAUCCUUCCAAGCCUUUGAUGAUCUUCGUCCAUGGUUUCCCUGAGUUCUGGUAUUCUUGGCGACAUCAGAUUCUUGAAUUUCAAAAGGACUAUUGGUGCAUAGCAAUUGACAUGCGAGGCUAUGGAGAUUCAGAAAGACCGGACGAUGUAUCUUCAUACAAGUUGGAUUUAUUAGUGAACGAUAUUCGUGAACUUGUAAGUCAAUUAGGUAAGUAA